AACAUAUGAAUCCUUUACGAGUUUGCCUUGUGGCGCAUAUUUUAUAAUUCUUUGAAGGGAAUCAUCGCAAACUGGUAUCAGGACAUGCGCGUGUCUAUAACUUUUAUAGCAGACCGAGUAUUGCUCAAGAAGACGGUUUCACGAUCCGCAGUCGUAGAAUGAACUUGGGUGAAAUAGGCCGGAUGGAUGGAUGUAGGCAUGUACAGUCUUCUACAAAUCAACUCGUGGGCUAGAUUCAAGAAAGUUGCCUUCAUAUGACCCUGUUUUCCGUCAGCAAGAGUGAACACGCCUCGCAAGUUCUUGCCAUCAUAGUCGACUCUGAUGAAUGUUGUGGCAACAGACCAACAUUCAGAAUCCCUUGCAGCCAUGUCCGUUAGGACUUCACUUUGUGCCCGAGAGAGACCUGAGUCUCUCAGUCUGUCAGGCAAUGGUGAAUCCCCGGUUUCUGUUCACUCCUUUCCCCCCGAAAUACUGUCCUAUAUCUUUCUACUUGGUCAGGGAGAAAGUCGGGGCGACUGCGCGCCGAUUUUGCUGAGUAGCUAUCACGAUGCUCCUCACGCCAAUCUUCCUUUCGAGCUCACCAUUUCCCACGUCAAUUCCUACUGGCGAGACGUUGCAAUAUCUACCCAGCUCCUUUGGUGUCGUAUCAUCAUUUCAGUCCACUCUCGGAGCGAGUGCGUGUAUACGUACUUGAAUCGUGCCGACGGAUGCCUGUUAGACGUACGAAUCGAAGCUGCCAAUAACAAUGGUUGCGAUCUCGACCCUAAUAUUCUUGACGCCGUGUGUAUCUGUAUCCCCUCCUGGCGCCGUUGCGUCAUUGAAUUGGAGCUGGAGGAAGAAGCUCACCCCGUUAUCACACGUCUGUGCGAUGUCACCGCUUCCAAUCUUCAAUACAUGUCCCUUACUCUAAAUGAUUUCGAAGGUGCAUCAAGGGCGCUGCACAUCUUCAGGGGUGGCAGUCCAGCCCUUUCUUUCGUCCGCCUGCGGGGACUAGCCGUGAGGUUCUUCCACCCACCUUUGAAUGCUGCCACAACCCUUCACCUCGAUCAAACGAACUUUACAGUCUUCCGCUAUGAUUCGUUUCGGCAGAUGCUGAUGUCUACCAAGAAUCUGAUACAUCUAUCCGUGUAUGGAGACAUCAUUGGGGCCGUACCGUGGCCUGAAGCCAAUGAUCGCACCCUCAUUCGGAUGCGAACCCUAAAAUCGCUACGUAUCUGUGGAUUCAGCGGAUAUGUAUACAGUGGGCUUCUGCUCAACCUGGAAGCACCACAGCUGGACUCACUCAUCCUCAAAGGUGCAAUCGAUAGCGAUUUAGAUCUCUUCCUGUCGUCAUCCGUCUCGUCAAAAUUUCCCGACCUCCACCACCUUACGUUUUGCGACUUGAGUCUUUCCGUCGAAAGCCAAUACAUGCAGCUCUUCGCAUUGUUUCCUUCAGUAAUUGAGUUCACCUCGUUGAAUCCUGCCGUUCACGCUGCAUAUGUGCUCAGAUAUCUAGCCACGCCUCUACAAAUUGACGGGUCUGCUCCUUGGCCGAAUCUUCAGAGACUUAACAUGAUUCUCAAUUUUUCGGAGCAAUCGCUGAUUAAAAAUGUGGUAGAAUGGCGAAUCAAUUCUGAUCGCCCGCUCGCUAAGUUGUGCUUCAUCGCGGAGCAGGAACAUUUUUUGGAUCUUAGUGAUUUUGAAUGGUUGAAUGACCACGUCGAUAUGGAGGCUGUAGAGGAGUUUUCUGAUUGUUGGCCGAGAGAUCUUAAGUUCGAAGACAAGGACGACUAUAUGUUGCGCUAGGAUGCCUAAGUACGAAAUUCGUGGUUCGGGCCUUCGGCUCUCAUUUUCGGAACAAUACAAUUUGUCUCUGUUUUAUUGUAAUCUGUUUUUGGCUCGC